ACACUAGUUUUCCGUCUAUUUGUGGUGCAUGGAACAACAUUCAGUCAUUUUAAUGUUUAUUUUGUGCACAAUUAAAAAAAAAAAUACUGAAGAUAACUACAUUAAAUGUAUUAAAUUUUAAUAAAUAAUGGAAAUAAGUUUUAGUGAUGAAACAAAUGCAAACUGAAAUGCAAUGGAUUUGAACACACAUGAGAAUCAGCAACCAGCUGCAUCAGAUCAACUGCACUGCGUGUUGUGCUUCUUUGUAAAGUGUUCCGCAAAGCCACACGAAGUAUUCAUUGCAAUCCAAAGCGAGGAGGGCCUAACCAGGGCCAUCGGCGCCCUAAUCCGCAAGUAUUUCCCCGAAGAGACCAUCGGAACCGAAGGAUACCUUUGUCUGAGUUGUUGCCAACAGUUAGAAAAUUUCCACCGAUUUUAUCUGCAAAUCAAGGAAAUUCGAUUGAACAGGAAAAUGCGAUCGGUUGAUGGAGGAGUUGGGGGUCCGCUGUCGGAAGCAUUCCAGCUCGAUAUGCAUAUCAAAGAGGAAAAGAUCGACGAGAGCUACAAGUGCAAUGAAACCGGAGAUGACGAAGCGUUGAAUAAUUUCCUAAACGAACAAUACCGGGCACAAGCGGACCCGAAUGGGAACGACCUGUCACAUAAUCCAUUGUUGGACUCGAUAGUAAACGAGUUUCAAGCAAGUUCACUAAGCGGGACAGAAUCGAUUGGUUGUUCCAGUGAUCAACCCUACACCAAACGAAUGAAGCGAAGCCUCAACGAUAACUGGCAUACUACAAAUCGCAGUGAACUUUUAUCAAGUAAUGCACAAGAUUCUGAGCUAGAUUUCAUGGAAGAAGAGUUCUACGAAUAUGACAAACCACCUGACGAACGUUCGGAUCAGACAUUUUCUUCAGAAGCGGCUCCUUCCUUUGAGGAAUUCGAACGAUUGAAAAGGGAGAACGAUCUGCUCAAAAGACGUAACCGUCAACUAGUGGUAAGGCUGAAGGAGGCCCACUCACGUAACACGGAUCUGGUUAAGGUAAACAAACAACUUUCGGAGAAACUCCGGUUGCGUAAUCCGACCAGUAUAAAACAAGCUGGACCGCCGAUACCCGACCACAUUCUACCGUCAUCUAAAUCUCACCCAACGGCAACGUCCACGAAUGACAGCAAAAAACUGCCUUCAAAUCCACCACCAUCUGUCGUUCCACUGCCAGUUGCUUCUACACAAGAACAGCAGCAACAAGUACAACCGACCCCAAGUGAUAGGAUGAGGAGUGGAGCUUACACAUUGGACAACGGAGAUGUUUUGGUAAGAGAUUCCCUAAUUUCGUAUCAAACGAUGGUCGACAUUGAUUCGGUUGAACCGGGUGAAAAGUACGAUCUCAGGUUCGUUAGCAAAUUGGCUUUGGCACUGUGGGGACAUGAACGACUAUCCAUUAGCAGCGUAACCGGACGGAAAUCGAAUAAUGCUAUCAAUCAUACAACGCCGAGUAUACAACUGGAACCGGAAAAACUAUGCUUUAUCAAGGAAAAAGUCUACCACCGAGCAAUGCUAGAAACAAACGACCAAGUACAAGCAAUGGCACGAUUCGAUGAUGCCCGAAUCAAUCGUUUACUAAAUAUUAAAAUCCAAAACGCGAAACGCAAGAAAACUCCGCAUUUGUCGAUCAUAUGACCCAAGGACGUGGAACGAUUGCUUCAAUGGUAACAUUAGACCUAUACAACCGAUGUUUGUGCUGUCUAAGGGAUUGUGGGGUAAUGUGUAUCUUGUCAUGAAGAAGCUUUUGCAAAGUUAUUUCACUUGAUCUUUGCUAAAGAAAAGCUAGUUGGGACCUUUGUUCAACCAAACAACAAAAUCUAGAAAAGUUUGUGAAAUUUAACUUAAAAACUAUAAAUUCGCAAAAUGUCACUACAUGCAUACAGGUUAUCCUAUAUCUCAUUUAUAGUUCAUAUGGUCGUUUAUUGAUGGUUCAUUUGUCAAAUCGGGUUAGAAGGGUAAUUAAAAUUAAAAUAAACUUCUGAAUUAUUAGCCAGAGUUAAGAAACAAAUACAGGUAUUCUUCGAUAUAACGUACCCUCGAUAUAGCGUACCCUCGAUAUAGCGAAUUCGAUAUAACGUACAUUUUGCUUCGAUAUAACGUACAAUAUUGAAAAUUUUAUUUUUUCCCAGGAAUAACCCUCAGAUAAGCUACGAAACCACUCAAUUCAAUGUUUUCUUGCAGUGUUACCCUUGUAUCCUAGAAUUAGCGCAAAUUGGGGAAAAAUUUAGUGUACGUUAUAUCGAAGCAAAAUGUACGUUAUAUCGAAGCACAAAAAACGAAAUUACUUUUUCGUGAAAACUCAUGUUUUUCGUUUUUUGGUUUUGUGAAUUUCACCGAAAUCAUUAUUUGGGGUUAAUUUCACGUCGAAAUAAUCAAUAUAAGCAUAAAAAAUA